CUUCUUUUUGAUAACUCUCUCUCUCUCUCUGAGAAGAUAAAGAAAACCAUCUUUAUUUCUUCACCUUUUUCCCUUUCUUUUUUGAUUUUCACUUUCUGAGUGUCCACGACUCUCUCUCUCUCUGCUUUCUUUGAGUUGCUGAGAUGUUGGCAGCUCAACCUCCACUCCUUAAGCCUAAGAUCUUUUCUCUAGUGUCUCUUCCUCCGGCGUCAGUCGCUGCCGGCCGUUCAAAUGGCAGGACCAGAAAGACCCAGAAGGCAGAAUCCGGGUCCAGAGUUCAGACGAUCAGAGCAGUGAUCAGCAGCGAUGACAAGAGCGUUGGGACCUCUUCGCUGUCCGAUGACUCUAGUGGGUUGAUGAAGACUUCAACAGCAGGGCCCAUGGUUGACGUGAGGGCGGUGAUCACGAUCAGGAAGAAGAUGAAGGAGAGUUUGACUGAGAAGUUUGAAGAUCAAUGGGAGUCCUUUAUCAAUGGAAUUGGGCAGGGGAUCGUAAUUCGGAUUGUCAGCGAGGAGAUCGAUCCCGAUACCAGAUCAGGGAAGAGUGUAGAAUCUGCUGUUAGGGGCUGGUUGCCGAAGCCAUCGAACCAUCUGAACAUUGUUGAAUAUGCUGCCAAUUUUGCCGUCCAAUCAGAUUUUGGCCGUCCUGGGGCUGUUAUCAUUACUAACCUUCAUAACAAGGAGUUGUUUGUGGUGGAGAUUGUGAUUCAUGGUUUCAAUGAGGGGCCCAUCUUCUUCCCUGUAAAUUCAUGGAUCCAUUCACGGAAUGAUAAUAGGGAGAGUAGGAUACUAUUCAGUAAUCAGGCUUAUUUACCCUCCCAAACGCCAGCUGGUCUUAAAGAUCUUAGACGGGAAGACCUGAUCAGCCUCCGUGGAAAUGGAAAAGGAGAGCGUAAGAAAUUUGAUAGAAUUUAUGAUUAUGCCCCUUACAAUGAUUUGGGUAAACCGGACAAGGACGCUGAUCUAGCUAGGCCAGUUCUGGUUGGUGAGGAGAGGCCUUAUCCUAGACGCUGCCGCACUGGCAGACCUCCAACUAAAACAGAUCCGUUAUCAGAGAGUAGGAUAGAGAAGCCCCAUCCUGUAUAUGUUCCCCGCGACGAAACUUUUGAGGAAGCCAAGCAGGCAUCAUUUUCUGCUGGGCGGCUGAAAGCAGUGCUCCACAAUCUGAUACCGUCUCUGGCUGCUAGCCUCUCGAAAUCAGACAAAGCUUUCAAUUGCUUUUCCGAGAUUGACAAGCUAUAUAUAGAUGGGGUUGUUCUGAAAAAUGAUGAGCAAGAACAAGGUUUCAACAAUCUGCUGCUGCCCACGAUAGUAAAAACGGUUGUCACCGCAGGCGAACGGCUGCUGAAAUAUGAAAUUCCAGCUAUUAUCUCAAGAGAUCGAUUUGCGUGGCUACGUGACAAUGAAUUUGCUCGCCAGAUGCUGGCUGGAGUCAAUCCUGUAAACAUUGAAAGAUUGAGGGAAUUACCAAUUCUCAGCAAAUUAGACCCUGCCAUUUAUGGCCCACCGGAGUCGGCAAUAACAAAGGAAUCUCUAGAGAAAGAAUUGAAUGGGAUGAAUGUGGAAGAGGCGAUUGAGAAUGGGAGGUUGUUUAUACUUGAUUACCAUGAUAUACUCCUGCCUUUUAUCAAUAAGAUGAACACGUUGAAAGGCAGGAAGGCCUAUGCUUCAAGGACAGUUCUCUUCCUCAACCGAACUGGCAUUCUGACGCCAAUCGCUAUUGAGCUUACACUUCCACCUACAGCAACCGAACCUCAACAAAAGCACCUCUACACUCAUGGACAUGAUGCCACAAGUCAUUGGAUCUGGAAGUUGGCUAAAGCUCAUGUUUGUUCGAAUGAUGCCGGGAUUCAUCAACUAGUGAACCACUGGCUCAGGACUCAUGCAUGCAUGGAGCCUUACAUAAUUGCUACUCAUAGGCAGCUUAGCUCAAUGCAUCCGAUUUAUAAGCUGCUGCAUCCGCACAUGCGCUACACAUUGGAAAUCAAUGCAUUGGCACGGCAGAGUUUGAUAAAUGGAGGGGGGAUCAUUGAGGCAUGUUUCAGCCCAGGCAAGUACUCUAUGGAGGUGAGUUCGGCAGCAUACAAGAGCAUGUGGCGGUUUGACAUGGAGGCCCUACCAGCGGAUCUGCUUCGGAGGGGCAUGGCGGUGGAAGACCCAUCUAUGCCAUGUGGUAUAAGACUUGUGAUCGAGGACUACCCUUACGCCGCGGACGGGCUUCUCAUAUGGUCCGCCAUAAAUGAUUGGGUAGAAGAGUAUGUCACCCAUUUCUAUUCAGACAAUAAAAGCGUUACAUCUGAUUUUGAGCUUCAAGCAUGGUGGGCCGAGAUUAAAAACAAGGGACAUUAUGACAAGCGAAACGAACCAUGGUGGCCUGAGCUGAAAACCAAGGAGGACCUGUUGCGCAUACUCACGAUUAUGAUCUGGGUUGCAUCGGGCCAGCAUGCAGCCAUAAACUUUGGCCAGUAUCCCUUUGGAGGGUACGUUCCGAAUCGCCCUGCUAUCAUGAGGAAGUUCGUACCCGAGGAAGACAAGCCUGACUAUGAGAAAUUCCUUUUGAAUCCUCAACACACUUUCCUAUCAUGCCUACCAACGCAGCUUCAAGCUACCAAGGUGAUGGCUAUUCAAGACACGUUAUCAACACAUUCCCCGGAUGAAGAGUACUUGGGUCAGAUGCACCAGUCACACCCACAUUGGAUAAAUGAUCAGAAAAUCCAAAGCUCACUCAAGAAGUUCUCAGAGAAAUUAGUCGAAAUAGAUGAAAUAAUACAUGGGCGGAAUAAAGAUAUUCGUCUGAAGAACAGAAGUGGAGCAGGCGUUCCUCCGUAUGAGCUGCUUCUCCCUACAUCAGGCCCAGGUGUAACAGGCCGUGGGAUUCCGAACAGCAUUUCUAUCUGAUGGGCCACGGGUAUGUUAAUAGUAAGUGUUAUCAUACUAGUUAAUACCGCAGAUCGAUAUCAUCUUUCUAAGUCGGUCUGAUGCAUGCUUUCUGAUAUGUAUUUCUUUGUAGUUGUGAUUGCUGCAUGCAUUGCA